CUCUAUUCCAGUCCCAGAGGUCCUUUCCCUUGAUAGUAUCCACUGCACAAAGACCUUCAUCUAUUUCACAUGAAGGAUCUCAGCUGACCUAAGUGGCCUCAGUCAGCAGCAAAGGGAGGUGUAGCAUUCACUCUUCUGACUGGAACUUUUCUGAUAUAAAUAAUCAGUUUUUUUGCAGUGAAAACUCUAUUGCUUAAAUAUGUCAAAUCAACGAGCUUCAAAUGUCAGAAGCAUUCAGGCCAAUAUCAACAUCCCAAUGGGAGCACUUUUACCUGGUGCUGGUCAACCUCCUAAAAGAAAAGAAUCUACUGAACCUGAAGAGAGUCUUCCAACUCCACCUGAAGAAGAAAAGAAAAAGACUCUCCCAGGAGCCAAGAAGUUACCAGGACCAGCAGUUAAUCUCUCUGAAAUCCAGAAUGCAAAGAGUGAACUGAAAUUUGUUCCAAGAUUUGAAUAAUAAAAGAAAUGAAAUCAUAUGUAGAAUAUACCACUAGCUGUGUGCUGAACCAAAGGAAAAUUACUUACAUGCAUAGGAUUGCUUCCAAAUAUGAAUGAGAAACUGAAACCCCACAUUAGAAAUGGUUUAUUCCUAUACAAUAUAAAUAAUAUGUCUGUGUGGAUUAACUAAAGCUGCUUCAGGAGGUUAUAUACUUCAUUAAAAUAAAUAUUUUCAUUUUCAAAAUAAACUUUGACAUAAGCAGUAUGAGUUGCAAAGAAA